CAUCUUGCACCGCCCAUGGACGUAUUCAAGAUGGCAGCCAAGCACGAUUUGAGGUGGCCGAGAUUGUUACUGUGGAGAUUAUGGCGUGCCCUUGGGACCCCACAGAAGCCGGGAUCCGACCUGGGUUUAGAAGUAAGGACUUACUGCCUGAGCAACGGGCCAUACUCGCGCACUGCGCUCUAUGAGCUGCUCGGCGUUCCCUCCACAGCCACGCAGGCGCAAAUCAAGGAGGCCUACUACCGGCAGAGCUUCCUCUAUCACCCGGAUCGCAACUCGGGGAGCACAGAGGCUGCCGAGCGCUUCACGCGCAUCUCCCAGGCCUAUGUGGUGCUGGGCAGUGCCACCCUGCGUCGCAAGUAUGACCGCGGCCUGCUCAGCGACGAGGACCUGCGCGGACCUGGAGUCCGGCCCCCCAGGACGCCGGCGGCCGACCCUGGCACGCCCCGCACCCCUCCGACGGACGCUCGGGCCGGGGCCCGUUCUCGGACCGCGUCGGGCGCCAACCGCACCAUGUUCAACUUUGACGCCUUCUACCAGGCGCACUACGGAGAACAGCUUGAGCGCGAACGGCGCCUGAGGGCCCGGCGGGAGGCCCUUCGCAAGCAGCAGGAGAACCGGGCCAAGAAGGACUUCCAGUGGGACGAGACCCGAGAUGCCACUUUAGUCGUCCUUCUCGUCACAAUCUUCCUCAUCAUAAGCUUCCGUUUGUAGUUGGAGAGAGGAGGAAAGGGGAGCAGCCCCCAGCCAACCCCAAGAAAAUAGCCUUUCCUGUCUUCUUGAACCCUUUGUCUUCCGUUUUCUACCUCAGCUGGGGUCCGAAGGAACUGUUCUCCCCCUUCCUUUUCCCCAUCCACCUUGCUUAGUCGUUCACCUGCAUGUCCCUCCCCUACGACCCAGAAAAGGAUACUGAAUGCCCAAGAAGAGGCCCCAAGAUGGAAAGUCCCAAAAGCCCAGAAUGAAGGGUUUUCUGGAGUCCCUUGGGCGCCUGCUUCCAGAGGUUGCCUUCCUGUGGUUGUCAACUUCUGGAACCCUUGCUCUGGCUUUAUUGUAAAGCUCUGAGCAAGCACUGUCUGCUCCCCCGACGUUUGUACUGUGGGGCUCCUCUGUAACCUUGAAACGUGCAAUGUGACCAAUCGGCUGCCAAAAGAAAAAUUCUGGGGUUGCAUGAACUUUGUCUUUCUGUGAGUUCCCCAAGCCACAGGUGAGACCUGACAUAGGGUAAGAAUUUGAUGUGUGGAAACCUUGACAUUUUUUUAUGGUCAGCCCCAGAACCCAGUCCCUAUUCUGUUGAUGGCAUGUGGGAAUGGGAAAACAAGGUUAUGGAGCAUAAGGAGUAAGUGUUCCUGUGCCCACGCUUAUCUAAUAUAUGACCUUGGAGGAGUACCUUCAGGCAUGACAGCAGAGGAGCAAAUCAUUUGCCCUCUUGAGGUCUGUCAUACUUUAUUAUCCAUAGUUCUAGUGGGGGCUCAGUGAUUUAAAACGAUGCUAAUAGAGUCAGGUUUAUCCUUGGGACAGUGUGCCUGCCAUUUCGUCAUCCCUUUACCAGCCAGUCCCAUGACUAACUGCAGCUUAUCCUCUCCCAGAAAUAGAGCAUCAAACUGGGAGUUUGAGUCUCUUGAAUGUGGCCCACCCUUCUGUUUAGUUUGCAGUGUUUAUCACAGGCCCCACAAGCCAAGUCCUUGAAAAACAGCUACUUGAGGCUAUGGGGAAUUUGGGGGGUUUAGAGGGACUACUGAGAGACAGGAGGUGCAUGGUGGAAACUGGGUUCAUUAGAGCUGGCUGAGGUUUUUGUUUUCUUUUUAUAAUUCUGCUAGGCAGUGAGUCAUCACUCAACUAGAGUUGUAGUCAGGCUCUUUUAACCCCCAGUCACUGCAGGUGCCAUGUAAGUUGUGAGGUGGUAGGUGCUGGAGCAUUUAUGCGCUGGGGCUGAAUGUAGAGCUGUGGGAUAGGAAAACCUUUCCCAAAGAUCUGGCACAAGGUUUAGGACCUAAGUCUAGGUUCUAAACAAAGCCAGAGGUGCUUUGGUAUAUUAAUACCAAUUCCUGUACUCAAUCUUUGUGAAAUUCUUUUAUAAAUUGGGAUAAACCCACAGCUAGUUCAACUUGGCCUCUUGGAAACAAUGGAUUCUCUCUUGCCUUGGAGGUCAAGGGCAACCUCUUAGUCUUGGCUUUGCAGUGGCCACAGGAUUCAGCAAUAAAGAUUAGAGCCCACUCUUGUUCAGGCCUGCUGGGCUAAGUGAGACUUGAUUUGUGGGGAGGAGGCAUAUGUACUUUAAAAUAAAACAUUUAAUGUUGUAUUUCAUAUUUGGCAAACGAGGGAAAGUAUUUCUGAAACACAAACUACAGGAAGUGAAGCUUAGUAAAAUGUACAGAAGUAUGGUUCUCAACAGGAGUUGGGUCAUAACAGUGUCCUCGGCAAGAUUCUAUCAAAGUUUUUAUCAAAAGGAAUUGGGGUUCUUUUAGUUUUUGUGUGUAAAAGCACUAAUGGUCUGUAAUAGCUGUGACCUUUCUUAGGGGCUCAUGGACAUAGACCUCUCAAGUUUGUAUUCUUUUGAAGAUCUAAGCCAAGAACAUUCCCUGGUGCCUCAGAACAAGGUGGUAGAUAAAGAGUUCCAGAAGGUUUCAGGGGUCUGGGGGUGGGAGUCAGACUGCGUGUAACUUCUGGAACAUUCCGUAACUUUAGCAGGAUAGUCAAUAAAGCACAUUAACCAUCUAA